AUGGCCGGCUGCCGCGGCCUGGGCGGCGUUUUCGAACGCUAUGCUCACGUGCAGCCAGAGCGGCCUGCUGUGGUGGAUCCGGAGGGGGAGUGGACUUACCAGGAGCUGUGGCACUUCUCGGGCGUUUUAGCGCGGCAUUUCCAGGAGGUGGGCUUGGCCGCGGCUGAGAACUGCGGGCGCUGCCCAAGGCCCAUCGCUGUUUUCCUGCCUCCUGGUAGAGUGUGGUACUCUGCUUGCGUGGCCGCCUGGCGUUUGGGCAUCCCGGUUGUGCCCUUGGUGGAUGAUUUGUCAAAGCCUGAACAGCAGAGGCGUGCCGAACGUGCCUUUGCCGAGUUGCUGCCUCAGGCAGUCCUGGGCGCACCUUCCACACCGCUGGCGUCUGCUGACUGCUGCAGCCUUUCAUUGGAGCAGCUCCUGUCGAUUCUGCAGUCCGAUGCAGAUGCAGGGCCUCCGGUGCCUUCGGCGCCCAUUGCGGAAGACACCAUGCUGUGUUACGUCUACACAGGUGGCACGACUCAACUCAGCAAGUGCGUGGCAGUGACUCAUGGGAUGGCAAUCUGGGAGGUGGAGAAUUACCAAAUUGCAUUAAGAGGCCGUGCCAGCAACCGGGAUCGAAUGCUGCAGUAUAGCAGUCCAUACUGGGGCGCCGCCAUCUUCGGCCAGAUGGAUUUAGCCUUGGCGUUCGGUGCCUGCAACGUGAUCUGCCAGGCACCACAACCGGAGGACAUCGCGGCCACCUGCGUGCGUUUCGGCGUCACGGUGCUGGGCAUCGUGCCCUCCCAGCUCCGCGCCUGGCAGGGGCCCAACGCCAAGCCCCUCAGCCUGCGGCUGCUCAUCACCUGGGCGGAACGAACGCCACCCAAGUUGGCCCGGGAGUGGAGUAGAGAACUUGCAGUUGUCGAGCUGUUGAUUGCCAGUGAGUAUUGGUUGUCCUUUUAUUCGGACUGUGCUACGUGGACGGACCCUACAGAUGGCACGGAACAACACAUUCUGCAUCCAUUGCCUUCCCUGGACUUCAAGGUGUUGAAGGAUGGCGUGGAAGUGGAGCCGGGGGACUGCGGGGAGCUUCACCUCAGUGGCAGCACGGUCUUCGCAGGCUAUGUGGACGAGUUUGGCUCCAUCAAUGGCCCCUUUGUGGAUGUGCAGGGCAAGCGUUACUUCCCCACCCAGGACCGCUUGAAGCGCCUCGAAGAGGGCGGCUAUGCCUGCCUGGGCCGGGCCGAUUCCCUGGUGAAGGUGGGAGGAGCCUAUCGAGAUCUGGCCACCUUCGAAGCACAGGUGGGACAGCUCCCUGGUGUAGCACAGGCCGCCAUCGUCGCGGAGAACGAGGGCGCGCUGGUGGCGUAUUUGGAGCUGGACGACACGCGCGACGCGAGCGGGGCAGUGACGGGCAGCCAACCCCUGAAGCGGAUCGAGGAACAGGCCAUGCAGACCUUACUGGGCCUCGGCAUUUCGCAGUUGCGGCUCUGGUCCUCCCUGCCCCUACGUCCCGUCACCUCCAAGGUGGAUCGCCAAGCCCUGCGGGAGGAUGUCAGCGAACGUCAGGCGCGCGAGGCGAAGUGGAACCGAGAGCUACAAAUGGUGCAGAGGAGGAUGGUGAAAGGCUAUGCAGCCUGGCACGUUUUCGUCCUGGUGUUGGCGGUGGCGGUGGGACGGCUGCAGGGGAACUGGAAGAUGAUCUUCUGGAGACUCUUAAAGUUGCCGUAUCUUUGGACGGCGUUCUUGUUUGUGUGGCAUCAACUGGGAAAGCCUCGACACAAGUGGGUGGUGUUCCACAUGCCCUUGGGGCCACCGGAUAUGUUUUUGCUACUGGCGUUGUUGACGCCAAAUGUUCUGCUGCGGCCAUUAAUUCUCAUGUGCUUGGCGACCAUCUCUUGGUUGCGAGAUCGUGAUGCCAUUUCAGCCUCAGGCUUUUUGUCAUUAUGUCUCACGGGUGCAUGGGAGUGGAAAUCAUCGCAGAGGAGUGGAAAUCAUCUGGCUUCCGCCAUUCUACUGGGCUUACUGAGCAGAUAUGUGUGGUUUCUGCCAAGCAGACUGCGCUUCCUCUUGGCUUUGCCCUUAGCUUAUGUCUUCAGCUUUCCAAAAUGGUGUCGAGACGAGUUUAUCUCCCGGUCCACCUGGGAUGCAUCCUAUCUCCGUCGCUGGAUCCUGCGGCGCUUGCCGGUCUUGGAUAAGCCGCCCUUUGAUGCCAGUUUGCGCUUCAAUAAAUACGAUGUGGCAUAUGACUGGGGAUCUGAAAACCGAUGGGUCAAUGUGUGCAUGAACUCGAGACAUGGCGGCAACCUGUCCAUCCUGAGCUUCUGGGAACCUGUCCGCCCCGCCGUCCUUGCGCCCGCAUCGCGAACUCCCGCGGGAAUCCCCGCGGGAACCCCCGCGCCCAAUGGUGGCCAAGGGCCAGCAGAGGGUGGACUGGCAGGGGCGCUGGCACUGCUGGUGACGCGAGUGGGGGGAGAAGCACCGCAGCUGGCGUUGGACUCGCUGCAAGCCAUUCGGUUCGCCGAGUUGGCUCGCUACGAGCUGGGCCUUCGCGUCUCCCCAGCGCUGGUGUUGCGCUGUCGAGACGUGACCAGCUUGGCGCGGGCAUUGGAGGAAGAGGGCCAACAGGAGCAAGAUGAGCCUGAGCUUCCGGACGAAGAGGGCGCCUAUCGUCUCUACAUGAUGGAGUUUGGGAAGGCACCAGUGGAUUGGUACGUCCGCUACGGCGGCGCGGAGCACCUGGAUCUGGCGGCCCUGCAGCGCGCUGUGGAUCGCUUGGUCCAGCGCCACUCGGCGCUGCGCACCACGCUGAGCCCGGACGCCGCGGUGCGGGAAGCCAUGGACCGCGCGGCGGGCAUGUGGCAACUGAUCUGCUCCUCCUACGGUUCUUCCUCGCCCCUUUGGACCGUGGCCGGCCGCCUCGUGGAGCCGAUCCUGCUUGGCGCUUGGCCUCGCACGCUGCUGAAGCCGGACACACGGGUGCAGAUCGACCUGCCACUGCACAGUGAUGUGGUGAAAGAUCCAGAGGAGAGACUCUCGGAUGACGACUACAUGUUCAAGCAUUCCGCCACACUGCGCAACAAGCAACGCUCUCCCUUCCAUAUCUUCGUCUAUCCCUUGGUGAGAUCUGGUAUCAAACUAGCAAGCGACCUGCCGUUGGAGCAAGCAGUGAGGCAGCUGGCACCUUCGGAUGUCACUUGGUACAUCUACACCGGCAUCACACACUCCUACAGCGACGGCGCCUCUGGCAAUGGUUUGCUCCAGGACUUGCUUAGACUCUACGCAGAGGAGGCGGGCCGCGCCGGUCCCGGCGGCGUUGGCGCAGCGCCGCCGGAGCCCAUGGCGCUGCUGCAGCGAAGGCUCAAGGCGUCGCUGCGCGGGCGGCUGCCGGGGCAGAGCCCCAAGGCCAACGACGACGUGUACCACGAGAUCCUCUGUGAAGACUGGGGACGUCGUCCGGGCUUUGAAAAGAAGGUGCGCUUGGACGAGAGUGUCUUCGAGGCCCUGCAGACUGCAGCCAAGGACGUCUUAGGCUGUAGCGCCGAUGUGGCGUGGCUCACGGCGGUGGUGGGGUCUCUUCUGCGGCUCUUUCCCAGCGAACAGCGGGUUGCGCUGAUUCUGAAGUGCGCCUGUCGAGAUGGUCCAGACCAGAACACCAUGGUGGGUUUCUUGUCGGAGCAGCGCGUGAUUUCCAUCGACUGCGGCGACAACCGCCGUGCCACGCUGCUGGACAUCGCCUGUCGCCUGGAACAUGCGCGCCGCAACCGGGCCUGGCGGGCACCGCAGCCAUACGAGGCGGCGAUCUGCGUCUAUGUCAACAUCGUGGGCUCGGUCACCGAUGGCUUACCUUUGGGAUGUUCCCAGGUCUGUCGUCAGACGGGUGGCUCCAGUGGUUCUACGGAUGCCUGGGCGCAUCUGAAUCUCCGCAUCGAUCAGCUGUCGCUGAAUCGCUGGGAUUUCCGAAUCAUCCACUGGGACAAGGCUUGGGGCUGGCACUGGGGUGACUACUUCAUCAGCGUCCUGGGUGCCGUGAUCGCCGACAUGGCCGAGUGCCCCUUGGCGCCGCUGGUGCCGGCGCCCACACCACCCUGGCGCGUGCUGCGGAUGCAAGGAGAACAGGCUGCGGCCAAGCGCAAGGAGCCACCUGAGGGUGAAAUGAAUGCCCUUUCGGGCAAUGGUCCCAAAGCCAUGCGGAUUGAAGAAGCAGAUGCGAAUAUGUCGCCGUGA